GCAUUCCGCGAACGAGAGCGAACGAGGCUGUUCGACAUACUCGUUUGCGUCAGGGACAGUUUCGCUUACUUGUGCAAGCUAGUCAAUUGAUUGACCAUCCGCGUUCGACGCGCGAGAUCACCCAGCGCGCUCGACACUUCUCGCGGCCAGCUACAUCAGCCUGUUAAUCGCGCUAUCAGCGAUGUCAGCGAUCUUCGACUUCGAGCUGCAAGAUGCUGGAUUGCUGCACAGGGACGAGUCGGAGGACGACGAUGUCAUCGAGUUCGGCACGGAGGAGGGCGAUGCCGAUCCGUGUGAGAUUGCAAAUUCGUCCGACAAUUCCGAAGUGGGAAGCGUAGAAGCGGUGCCGAUAUGCGAGCAAAAUGUCAACCGCGAACGCGAGAAGGUCGGGCCGCAAGAUUUCGAGUUGUGCAAAGUUAUCGGGAAAGGCGGCUACGGCAAGGUUUUCCAAGUACGCAAAAUAACAGGAAAUGACAGUGGCACGAUCUUUGCCAUGAAGGUAUUGCGCAAAGCCUCAAUUAUAAGAAAUCAGAAAGAUACAGAUCAUACUAAAACUGAAAGAAAUAUUUUGGAGUCUGUAAAGCAUCCUUUUAUCGUAGAUCUCAAAUACGCAUUCCAAACUGGUGACAAGUUAUAUUUGAUAUUGGAAUAUAUGUGUGGCGGUGAAUUAUUUCGACAAUUAGAUGAUGAAGGUGUUUUUAUGGAAGAUGCUGCACGCUUUUAUUUGUGUGAAAUUACAUUGGCUUUGCAACAUCUCCACUUACAAGGAAUCAUAUACAGAGAUUUAAAACCGGAAAAUGUUUUAUUGGAUUCAGAAGGUCAUAUUAAAUUAACUGAUUUUGGAUUGUGUAAAGAACAUAUACAAGAAGGUGCUGUAACUCAUACAUUCUGUGGUACCAUUGAAUACAUGGCACCUGAAAUCUUAACAAGAAAUGGACAUGGAAAAGCAGUCGAUUGGUGGAGCUUGGGAACUUUAAUGUACGACAUGCUUACAGGACUUCCACCAUUUACCUCGGAUAAUAGAAAAAAAACAAUUGACAAAAUUCUACGUGGUAAAUUGAUUCUUCCUCAAUAUCUAACACCCGAUGCUAAAGAUCUUCUUCGGAAAUUAUUAAAAAGACCAGUUGCGCAAAGAUUGGGAUCUGGCUCACUGGAUGGCGAACAAGUAAAAGCACACAAAUUUUUCAAACAUAUCAAUUGGGAUGAUGUUAUAUCUCGAAAAUUAGAACCUCCUUUUAAACCAAUAUUGGCUAGUGAAGAUGACGUAUCGCAAUUUGAUAAGAAAUUUACUGCUUCAGCACCAAUAGAUUCACCAGUAGAAUGCACUUUAAGCGAAUCGGCUAAUAGAGUAUUCCAGGGAUUUACAUAUGUAGCACCAAGCAUUUUGGAGGAUGUGUAUUCGCAACAAUCACGAUACCUAACUACUGUGUCACAGCCACGAGUUAUAAAAGCCAGAAGUCCCCGUAAAGCAACUUCGCGCGGUUUUUCACCUAGGACAACGCAUCUCCAUCUUCACAAUACGCAUUUGCCGAGUCACAGGCAUGGUGGAGUCGGCCACAGCAAUAUGGAAGAUACAGAGAUGAUGAUUGAGAUAGGCUAACCAUUGCUAUCGGAUUAGUAGAUAGUAUUUUUGCCCAAUUGCUGGAUAUUCAUAAUGCUCAGGGAGGGGUUUUAUAAUUUAGAGGGAAUAGUUAGGGAAUGGAUGCAAUAUCCAUGAUUACUUUACUGAAUAUCCAGCAAUUACAUAUUUAGCUAAUCUUUUUUUUUUAUAUAUUUGUAUAUUUGGUUUGAGUAAAAAAAGGUUAAUACUAUAUAAUUUAACAGCGACGCAGCAGUUAUCUGGUAGCGCUUUAAGUAGUUAAAAUUUUAUUGAAUAGCCUUUAAAAUAAUCUGCAAGGAAGUAUACUAUGUUACAUAAUUACAUAAUACACAGAUUACGUCUCCCUAUUUUUUUACAU